CUUCCAUUAGUGCGAACGGAUGAGGGUCCGCCGGGAUUUUAUUGUGAAAGUCCGCACCGGACGUCUUUAAGUUUCUUCACGCUAGCUUGACAGACGACUGGAAAGCGACCAGAUGGAAUUCAGCUCUGCCUUCUUAACAGAUUCCACACAUUAUAAAUUGUAUCGCACACAUUUUUAGCGGACUUUCCUGCUAACAAACAACCCUGGCGUGACCCCAGACGCCUAUCCGAGAGGCUCGCCUGCGCUGUGAACCGGGACAGAAGCGGUGAAGACAUCCAGAGAUACCCCACACCAAACAUCUUCCCACUGAAGGUCCCAAGGCGAGUGUGUGCCCAUCAUGCCGCUGUUUGGUAAAUCCCACAAGAGUCCGGCGGACAUCGUCAGGACCUUGAGGGAGAACAUGGCCAUCCUGGUCAAACAGGAUAAGAAGACAGACAAGGCGUCUGAGGAGGUGUCCAAGUGUUUGGUGUCCAUGAAGGAGAUUCUGUACGGCAGCAACGAUAAGGAGCCUCACACCGAGACCGUGGCCCAGCUGGCCCAGGAGCUGUACAACAGUGGUCUGCUGAUAUCGCUGGUAGAAAACCUGCAGGUCAUAGACUUCGAGGGGAAGAAGGAUGUGUGUCAGAUCUUUAACAACAUCCUGAGGAGGCAGAUUGGGACGAGGAGCCCCACUGUCGAAUAUUUCUGCUCCCACCAAGAGGUCCUCUUUAUACUGCUGAAAGGGUACGAGACACCUCAGGUAGCGUUGAAUUGUGGGAUCAUGCUGAGGGAGUGCAUCCGCCACGAGCCACUCGCCAAGAUAGUCCUUCACUCUGACCAUUUCAACAGCUUCUUCAACUACGUGGAGAUGUCCACCUUCGACAUCGCCUCCGACGCCUUCGCCACCUUCAAGGAUCUCCUGACAAGACACAAAGUGCUUGUGGCUGAAUACCUCGAACAGAACUACGAUGCUGUGUUUGCAGACUAUGAGAAGCUGCUGCAUUCUGAGAACUACGUCACCAAGAGGCAGUCUCUAAAGCUUCUGGGCGAGCUGCUGUUGGACAGACAUAACUUCACGGUGAUGACGCGCUACAUCAGCAAGCCGGAGAAUCUCAAGCUGAUGAUGAACCUGCUAAGAGACAAGAGUCCCAACAUCCAGUUUGAAGCCUUCCACGUUUUCAAGGUUUUUGUAGCGAACCCCAACAAGACGCAGCCCAUCAUCGACAUCCUGCUCAAGAACCAGACCAAACUAAUCGACUUCCUGAGCAACUUCCAGAAGGACCGCAUGGACGACGAGCAGUUCAACGACGAGAAGACCUACCUAAUCAAACAGAUCCGGGAUCUGAAGAAACCGGCCUCCUAGAGGAGCUCCCUGCCCUCUACCCCGACUUUUUAUCGAUGGGAAGACAUACAGUAGAAAAAAAACACAUUAACAAUUAUGGUUACUCUAUUUAAAAAAAAAAAAUCUUCAAGACGUUAUUUGUCUUUUUUCUCUUUGUUGGUUCAUUUAAAACUUGUGCAACGUAGUUCUCAAUCACUGAUGUUUCUUUUGUAAAUUUUUCUCAUUAAAUAUUUUUUUUUCCUUUUCAUCUGUAGCAUGUAGUGAGGCAGCUGAUUUGCUCUGUUGGGAGAACCAGCGAAAAAAGCUUCGGCCAGAAUGGUCCAGUGGCUGACCAUUUUUGUAACUUUAUCACAGUCGCCUGUUGAAGGUGGUCUGUUACUCGCUGCACACAAGUUAAUUUCUAACUGUUUAAAUGAAGUAGCUGCAAAUCAAAAAAACAAUGAAGAAUUUCUGCUUUUCUUUCUUCUUUAGCUGAGUCAACGUGUCUAGUCGGUAUCUGGCAAAAAUACACUUUAGAGCGAGACUGUCUGAAGUGUGAAACACCUCAGUCAUUGCUAAAAGCUUCGUUAGUCAAAUGGCAACAGUAAUCCUUCUGCUAGCCAAACAUCGCUCUUAUUGUACUGCCAAAGCCAAUGACUGCUAAAGUUUUCUCUCUAAAACUAAAAAGCAUCAACAAAUGCCAACGAAGAAUCAUGGAUUCACACUCUCGUCUUCCUUACUAUUCCUCAAAAGCUAAAUGUUUUAACUAACUGGCGAUGCAAAACUAUAUUUUUCGUGUUGGUAAUUCAACGAGGGAAAGGCUGAAGCAGUUCUCUGAAGUUGACAACGCUCUACAACAUACUCAACUUUUGCAAAAUAACAGGAGGCCAGGGUCCAGUUAAUAAACAAUCAUUAUUAUUAUAUAUCAGAUUGAAUGAACAGAAAUUAGGCUCAUUAAUGUGGCAUAAUAGGCCUGCUUUAAAGUUGUAAUUGUCUCCUUUCUUGCAGUGCUACCAGGCAGGAAUGCUGCAUAGAGUAAUUGUCAUUUGGCUAAUUAAACACUGGUUCAGGAUGGGUUUGAGCUGACAAAAUAAAGGCAAAUUCAUCUGUGAAUUUUUCAUUGGCAAUCUUCAAAUUUCUGUCCUCGCCCUUUUUUGCCAAGAGGCAAAUCCAGUUGCAAGUCUGAUGUACAGGAACUUUUUGCAGAAAUUAAGUGUCACCACUUCUGCGCACUGCACAGAUCAAUGAUAAUAAUGCUAAUAUGCAACUUCCCAAUUAACAGUCAAUUAUUGAACAUUUACUUAUUGGUAUAAACAAACAAAAACAUUCCCAGUGUGAAUAACUUUAGUUUCAUUGUGAAUUAGAAAAUGGUUGGUGGGCCACCUGGCACCCUAUUUGGCCCAAGUGCUUUAAGUUGAGUAUCACUGCACUACACGAUACAUAAAAGCUGAUUUCUCUAUGAUAACCGCUUUUCAAGAUCACAAAGAUUUGGCACUCAUCUGCAAAAUGCUUCGGCGGGUGACCGCAGAUGUUAUCUUGUGCAAUGCUGGAAUUUCUAAAGCCUCUGAACACCCACACAGGAGUUUACAGUUAACCUGGCUGAUUAGACCUCUGCUCAGGACUGUGCGGGCUCGAUACUGUGAUUGAGUGACAUCAUGCUGAGUCUCGUGUUAGCUUUGUUGCACCUAUUAGGGCGGGACAAAUGAUUCCUUUAUCAUUCUUAUUGGAGAUAAUUCGAAAUUUGUGACGAAAUUCCCAUCAAAGCUCCAGCCCAACUUCAACCUGAGCAGAGGUCUAAUCAGCCAGAAUAACUGAAAACUCCUGUGUGGGUGUUCAGAGGCUUUAGAAGCAUCAAACUGUGCCACUCUAACUGCAGUAAGAGAAUAAGCUUUAGCAAGACUGCGAAUUCCAGGUGUUUUGAGAGAACUGGUUUUAGUCACAGUUGACCAAAAAUUUCAGACACAAACUAGUACUCGUAGGAAUAUUUGAAGUCUUUGAAAUGAAAGGCCUUUUUAAAUUGUAUCGUGACAUUGGGCUGCAAUCGGUACAGUAAGCUUCAAUCAUUUUGAUCACUGGUUCUCUUCGCUGGUGGCUGAUAGCACUUUCUGUAAGAUAAAAAAAAAUAUGAUGAUUCAAAUGUUGUUUUUUCGUUAAUCUUAAGCUGAUCACUGUUUCCACACUGCUUAAUGGUAUUUUUUUUAUAUAUAUAUAGUUUCAUUUCUUGUACAGUUUAUGGUUUGCACACCUGAAGUGAGUGCCAUUGUGAGUGAGAACAUUGAACAUUAACAGGAGGCACUUUGCUGUGUGGAGGAGCUCCUUGUUGAGAGAGGAGAGCAGCUGUAAAGAUGGCUGUUUUUUUUGCUUCACUUCUUUUUUUCUUUCUGUACUGUAAGAAGUGUUUUUGCUCUGUUUUAGAUCUGAUGUUGGUAUUAGAAUGGAAACCUGAGAAGAUUCAGAGGUGCCUUUUUUGGUUUGGUGUGUAUUCCCUUCUUUGCUCUAAUCUUGUUUUUUUUGUAUUUUCAGUAUCUUUCUAGGGGGAGCUUAAUUAUUAUGUUAAUGAAAAUAUGCUCUUGAUAGAACAUAUUUGUUGUGAUUAAGCAGUGAACCUCUUAACUCGCUAUAUUUGAGUUACGCUAUCAAAGAAACAUUUUGAACUUUUUGCAGCUAAUUGGUUGCCAUUGUGUACGGACCAGGGUCACAGUUUCACUUUGAAUUUGUCGCCAAUGAAGCGCUAGUUCAAUAUGUGAAUUAUCAACUGUGUCAGCAACUAACUCGUCACAGAGUGAGGCCAAAGUUGACCUGCAACAUGAUUUCGAUGGUGAAAUGUAACUGUGAAAAAUCCACCUGUUGUUAAAGGACCAUAAAAUGUGCAGAAUCCGUGAGGUUGGAAUGCUACUUUUAAAGUGGUGUUGGUUUUAUAUUUGACUUGGAAAUGAAAAAUUAUUCCGUUUUCUAAAAAUGGAGAAAUCAAGUGAUUCAAAUUUAGAAUUGAUUUCCCAAUCAAUAUUUGAUGUGCAACCAUUAUAUUAUGUUUAUUGAAAUCAUGAUGAAUAAAAAAUUACAAGUCUCUUUAAUUGGCCCUUCAUAAGCCACGCCCAUUUUUGGUAUGUGCUAUUGGAGCACAGAGCAAAAAGAGGCGGGGUCUUAGGAAGGAACCUCAACCUUCACUCUAAACUGUUUCAAGUAGUAUUUAAACACUAAUGUUUUGCUAUCACUUGUUAAAUACAGCUGAUCUGAACAGUAAUAAAGGCAGAAGUGGAGUACAGUACGGUGACAGCAACAAUCAUAAACCUGUUAAUUGCCGUUCUACUUUUUAUUUCCUGGUGUAAAAGAAAAAUGAAAAAAGUGUUCUCCAUGUUUUGUCUUUUGGGUGAAAAAUAAAAAACAAUACCAGCCUUUUUAUGUUAUAAGCUGUGACAUAUUACACUAUAUCUGAAUAUAACGUGAGAUGCAAAAGUAGACCAACCAGCUUUACAUCAGACUUGUCACUUGAGCCAAACUCCACUACGUCCCUUGGUUUUUUAUUUUUUUGCCUGCCUGCCUAAAACAAUGAGCAACUUUGAUCCCAGCAGAACUCCACAUUAUCUUCCCCAUGUCCUCUCUGAAAACCGCCACUUUACUUUCCACAUUGAUGCUAUUGUACCACAUUCACGGCAAAUAAAAGGAUGGGAAUGCA